AUGAUUCCUAUUGGUCGGCCACUUCCUAACUACCGAUGCUUAAUUCAUGACGAAUUUGAGCAACCUGUGUUUGUAGGUCAGGCGGGUGAACUCUUAAUAGGAGGUGUAGGUGUUUUUGUUGGUUAUCUCAAUCGUGAUGAUUUGACGUCGAAAGUCUUAGUUGAAGUCAACGGUUUCAAGUACUAUUGGACUGGUGAUCUUGUUCGAAUGGACAGUAGUGGACUCAUCUUUUACGUUGGCCGAAAAGAUAAUCAAGUGAAAAUACAUGGACAACGUAUUGAAAUCGGUGAAAUCGAGAGAUGUCUACUUGAUAGUCACAUUAGCGGCUGUGUAGCCGUUAAAUACGGAGAUGAUCAUCUGGUUGCUUACGUGCAAGGAUCUGACAUUAGUGAAGAAGAUUUACGCACACAUUGCCGUGCUCGUCUUCCACCAUUUAUGAUUCCUUCGAUAUUCGUUGUGCUCAAUAAUUUACCAUUAAAUGCUAACGGAAAAGUGGAUCGGAAGCGUCUUCCAUCUCCUGAUUUCUACUCUUUAGGCGACUCGAUCGGCAAUAUAUAUAAUUCUCCCUCUACUGAAAUGGAAGAGCGUGUGCAUGGUCUUUGGUGCGAAAUACUGAAAGUUCCGGAGAAAAAAAUUUCAACAACAGCUACAUUCUUUACAAUCGGCGGUCAUUCACUUCUAUUCAUUAAACUUUAUCAUCUAUAUCAGUCGCUGUUCAGUUUUGAUAGCCGCUCGCUGACUAUUACACCAUUUCUUCAGCAAGCAACAAUCGUUGAACAUGCAAAAUUACUUGAAGGAAUCAGGCACGCUGAUAAACAACUGAAAGCAUGGCAAUCGUUACAUAUCACUGAAGGUUAG